AAGCCGUGUGGGUGGCCAUGCGCAAAAGCGCACACACUCCUCCCCGUUUGGAGCAGAGAAGUUGAUGCCGCACCUCAAUCACACCCAGAGGCCUUGAGACUCAACACUCUUUAAUUCUUGCAACUAUAAAAAGAGCUUUCAUCGUCAAAAGAGGCAACAGCGAGCCUAUCUCCUACUGAGCAUUUUAUUACUGGGAACAGAGAAAGCUGGAGCAGGAGAGUGACUGGAAGUCUGCAAGAUCUGAGGAGCCAAGACCGAAGGGGGAAGCAAGAAGGGAAAACAAGAAUUUCGAAAAAGCUCUGAGUUGGAGAAGAAGAUGGUGUGUCAGUGCUGGUUGUUUAUGGUUCUGAUGGGAUUUAUGUGCAGCUCUGGGUCUGGCUCAGUGUGCUUAGAGAGCUCUACGUGCAAUGACUUGAGUAACAAGGACAUAAUACAGGACUGCCUUCACCUCUGCACCUCUGCAAUCGAGCCUGAAACCAAGCCACCCAGGGUCACAGAUCAGCAGGAGAAUGAUGAUUUUGAUGAUCCUGAGGAGAGCCAUACGGGUGACCUGCUGCUCAGCAUCAUUCUCUCCACUCUGGCUUCUGAAGGCAAAGUACCGGAGGGAGAUCUGAAAACCCAUGAUGACCAGCGCCGCUCUUAUGCAAUGGAGCAUUUCCGCUGGGGGAAGCCUCUCGGCCGAAAGCGCAGGCCUGUUAAAGUGUUCCCCUCUGCUGUGGAUGAGGAGGUCUUUCCCCUGCGGGCGCGCAGGCACUUGAGCUGGAACAAAGCUGAAUCAAAGGGAGGCGUUGUUAAAGGAAAGCAUCAGAAUAAGGAUGUGCUCGGGUCCAGAGCCGGGUUCAGGUCUCGGGCCACACCAGAGAGAAAAGCCGAGACCUACAGGAUGAGUCACUUCAGAUGGGGCAGCCCGCUUGCAUCCAAACAAAACAAUGGGUUUGUGAAGCUGUGGGAGGAGAAACCUCGGGAAAAGCUGUCCAAGUUAUUCAAGAACAUUUUAGUGAAGGAUGUGAAAACGAUAAUGGGCUAAAAAAAAAAAAGGUAGACCAUAUAGAGUAAAGGUACUAAAAUAAGAUCAGAGAGGUGAAUUUAAAAUUACUCUUGGCUAGUUUCCAUAUGUCUUAAUGUAAAUUCCAGAAAUUAGUUGCUAUCUUUAGAAUGCCAUUUUUGGGGCCUAAUAUUUCAUUAAAGGCCUCUGUAUGAAGACAAAAAAGCACAACCUGCUUUAAGUUCUUGGAAAUUACUUGAGAGGUUCAAAGUAACUCUUAUUGGAAACUCAGUUAAUGACUUAAAUGUGUUAUCUGUUCAAAUAUUUCUUUGUGGAUGUUAUGUGUUGAAGUAAUUUAGUGGCAGACUGGUUUCUUUUUGUAAUUUAUUCUGAAAAUAAAUAUUCAGUUUUUGCAA